UGUCGCUUCUUAAGCGAAGCCUGAAGCUGUCAAAUAAAUUUCAAGCAUCAGAAGCAUAGUGUUUUUUAUAAUAAUUUAGAGGUGUUUACUAACUCAGAAAAAAAUGUUUGAGGAAAGACUAGUUCGAGAAAUUAGGGAGCGAAAGUGUCUGUAUGAGAAAAUCCAUCGGGAUUACAAUAAUUACAAAAUGAAGGAGAUGGCUUGGGAUGAGAUUUCGGCAAUUUUGGGGACACCAGUUAACAAAUGCAAGGCUCGAUGGAAGAGCCUGAGGGAGCGCUAUGUGAGAGAAGUGAAAAGGAAUAUAAGAAUGGGUUGCCCAUUGGACAACAGCUCUUGGCAUCUCUUCAGUAAGAUGUCCUUCAUCAAGGCUUUCAUUUGCCCCCGGAGUAGGACGCCCAAUAGCGCACAGGACAAUGAGGAUGGUUCAUAUGGUCCAUAUGAACGAUCUGGUCUGGAAGUGAAUCAAACUGCAAAUCAUAUGAAUGAACUGAUGGAAAUUCUGAGCGAUUCCGAUUGUGAGCCAGAAGUAUCUUUUCAAACUCCACGGAUUACAGCUGCAUUCUCAAAAUCCAGGGAACCUGAUGAUGAGUCUGUCAGGAGCACUAGCGAAGAUUUCAACAAUUCUCACCACAAUGGGAUUCAGACUCAAGAAAUGAAUGUUCAACCACCCACCAUUAGCCCCUCCAAUGCUGGCUUCUUCCUGAUGUUGGACAAAAUGCUUCAGAAUCUUCCUCCGGAGGAUGUUGUAAACUUUCAAAUGGAUAUCCUUAAUUUUGUACACCAGAAGACGAUUGAGAGAAUGACAAAACAAGAAAAAGAUUAUGCUUUUGAUGAAUAAAGUCGAUAAAACAUUAAUAUUAAAAUAAAAUUUUGUAAUUUAUUUUGGUUAAUUCGGCGCCAAAAUUCAAAAGAAAAUUAGCGCGAGAAAUUUUCAAGUCAAACCCCCUCGGAUAAUUUCUAAAUUUGAUAACGUUAAGCAUUCAUUGGAGAACGAAUCUUUAAUUUUAAUUCAUAUUUAUAUUAUAAUGCUUUUGUUUUCAGCGUUAAAAAUGAAACAAUUAAAAAGUAAAGAAUUUGGUUAAUUUAUUUUUAAUAGAGUUUCCAAACAGAGAUCAAUAAUGUUACUAAGUUUUUCUAGCAGUUUUUAGACGAGUUUUUUAAAUGAUUUUUAUACUGUAAAAUUCGAGGUAAAAUUAGUAAAGUCCUUUUAUAACAGUUUAAUGGAUUUUAAAAGACAUACAUGAAAAAAUAGAUUUCACAGCUUUUGAUAUGUAAUUCACAAUAAUUCUAAACUUUAUAAUAUUAAAUUGAAUGCAAUUUUUAAAUAUUUCUAAACUAUUAUUGAUUUGAAAAUAUCUUAAUUAGAAAUUUAUUUAUUUUUAUUUGGUCUACUUGUCUACUUAAUAUAUAAAACUUUUUUUUAAUUUUACAUUUAUGAACAAUUAAAUAUAUUUUGCCGCGAUAAUGAAUCUAAGCGUAAAACAGAAUGAUUGAUUUGAUUUUAUUUAUAAAAUCAAAACCAUCUAAUGAAAUAUAAUCACUAUUCAAUUCUAUUUUGAGAGAUAUUUCUGAUAAUAAAUUAUGUAAUAUAUUAACUAGUAAAAAUAAUAUACAAAAUUACGUUCGCCAAACCUUUUUUCGGUGAUUUUUAAAAGGAAAAAGAAGCAUAGAAAAUUAGUAAGAAAGUUUUAUGUACCACCUAGCUAGAUUUAGGGUAAGUGUACCAAAUUCCGGCCAUAUUUUUAUUCCUCAAAUAUCCAUGAAUUUUUAGUUUUUGCAUAUUAUAGAGAUUAUACUAUGCAAUAAAUUAACAAAAAUGUAGCUUCGAUAAACGAGAUGUUAAAAAUACUUUGGAAGGAUUCCGGAAGGGCAAGGAACUAUGAGAAUGAAGGUGGCCGAAAUAGGCCACCAAAGCUAUGUCUACAUUUUUAUUCAUUUUAAAAUGUAUUAAGAAUGAUUCUAGAGAAAAUAAAGAUGAUAAACUGUCCGCAAGGUUCCAAGCAACACUUCUUAUAAAAUUGAAGAAAUUUAAAUUCUUCUUAAAUUUUCCUUAAGAAAAAUUAACAAAAAAUCAAUUUAUAUGAAAAAUAUUACAUUUUGAACUUGUGACUUUGGCGCUUGCAUGCAACUAUGCCGAAAUUUGGCACACUUACCCUAUGUUUCAUCUAGAAACAUUUUUUCUAAUAUUUUUUAUUAAGAAUAAUCUAAGAACAUCGUGAUAACAUGCGAUCUCACUACAUGUUUACAGUUAACUAGUAGAUUUACUCUAUUUUUUUUCACAAGUCAAAAAUAUUAUAUUCAUUUAAUAUUGUACUCCUGUAAUUUAUUGGCACCAAGAAAUGAGCAGUAUAAAUCGAAUUUUGUCAGCAAAAAAAUCGAAAUGGGCAGUAAAGAAUAAAAAAUGAUUUGUGAAAAAUUAAAUAAAAGAAGAGUAAAAAGUUAAAAAAAGGUCUUUACUGCUAAUUGAUAUUAAAUUGAUAUUAAUUGAUAUUAAAAUUGAUUUUUUCUUCAUUUUAUUUUAAUACUAAAAUCCCUUCAAAUGUGAAUUCCUGUUGCCUUCUAUUUUGGAACUUAAAAAUCAUGUUGACUAAAAUAUACUUAGAAUUGACUAAUUAACACUAAACCUAUCAAGACUAGCCAACUAGACCGGUUUAAAAAGUGUUUAAAAUUAACACGUAUUUAAACGAUACAAAUGUCGCUAUCCAACUUUAUGAUUUUUUACCGUGGUCUAUCAUUUGACCGAGCGCGAUAGUAAAACUACCAAAAACGAUCGGUAGGUUUAGUGUUAAAGAUAAAACGUGGACAGCAUACGAAUUGCUCAACUAAUGGUCAACUGAUUUUCUUUAUAUUUUUAUCCAUAAAUUUAAUUUUAAGUCUUAAAAUAUACUUUCUCGGUUCCGAAACAUAUAGUACAUAUUUGUAUGAAAACAUGUACGACUUUUUUCGGACCAGGAGGGUGUAUACGUAUACUUUUUAAUUUGCCCAUUGUAUGACUUAAAAACCAUUUUCCCUAUGGUUACAAGAAAAACUUUUUUUAUAACUCUAAUUAAAAAAAACCCUUGGAGUACCAUCAAAUUAUAGUUUUAACAAAGUAAUUUAAAUGUAGGAAUAUUUCCUAUUAAAAAUAAUGAAAUCUUUCAAAAAAAAACAAUUUUUGGAAAACUACUACAAUUGCAAUUUAGGACAGUAUAAUUAUUUCCGAAAAUACAAAUAAAAUCUAAAAACUAAACUACUAAACUUAUUGAAAACAACUUAUUCCUUUUCUUUAUCUUAACAUUUUUACACAUAUAUCUUUGAUUAUUUGUGUGUUAAAUUAUCUUUGUAACUUAGCGUUUUAUUGCAUGAAUUACAAACUGAAUGAAUAUGCAUAUGAAUAUGCUUGAAUGCAGAAUUGCUUACAGAAAUAUAAUUUCACAUUUUUAAAAAUCUACUGUCAUUCGUAAUUAUUGUUUUAUGAGAAAUGUUAAUGCUCUUUUUAACUUUAAUAAAAAAAAUAUUUUUCUUUUAUGAUUUUUUACAUUUUUUGUGAUUUCAGUAUUUUUCUUAUUCUAGUCUUAUAUCUAACUUAAAUAAUAAUCCUUAUAUUAUCAAUUGGUGAUAUAGUGGAACCUCCUCUUUUCUUAGCAAUGAUCUCCUCCUGAAAAUAAAUCAAUGGCAACUUAUUAAUGUUAAGAAGAGUAAGAAAAUAUUUUGAAAUAUCCUUUCGCAAUGAAUUCUCAAGGCGACGUCUGAUUGUUUUUAUUAACUGAGAAUAGUUCUAUUCUGCGCACCAAGCGAUCUCGUGAAUUUUGGCUGUGGGCCAAGCAUGAGUGACGCGAUCGCGAUUUUUAUGUUUCAUUGUCAAGUAGAGGAGAGAUCUCCUCGUGCAACUAUUCCAUGUGGCCCCUUUUCAAAAUUAUUUUGUGUAUGCGGGUCAGUGUCUAGAUUGACGACCGAAAGGCGAUUCAAAAGUCACCACGCGCGAUCACUAUACUUUGCUCAGUCACUCCCGGGGUAAUCACGUAACUUUGGAAUUCCAUGUGGCAGAUAAGGGGGACAAUUGAGUGUCGCAGAGUGAUAAGCGAACAGAUUCUUCCAUAGAAAUGGAAAUCCAGGUCAAAUGGCGAGAGACAGUGCUACGAAUGAUCAUUGAACUUGGAUUUUCCUUUACCAUAUGAUCGGUCUCUUUCUUACUCUUCCACUCUUGCAAUUUGUCAUUUAUUCGCCGGAAAUGACAGUAUCCAGAUGGCGCAGCACACAUUGCUCACUCUCAUUUUAUCGUUUUACUCGAAGAAAUCUCUCUUUGGACAUGCGCUAAUGCCGGAUUUUUCCUCAGAGAGAUGUCAUGUGAGAGAGAUGGCCAUUGGUUCUUGACGUCAGAGGUCUCAUAUGUAAGCGGUGGUCGUAUACGGCUUCAAUGGGAGCGAAUGUGAUGGAACUAGAGCCGAAGUUUAUCGUCAAUGAUUCACGAGAGAGAACAAAUGAGCUACUGAGAACGAAUGAAAAUUCUAGUUCUUCACUCAUCAUAUCGCGGUCGUUUAGUCAAUACGCGACCCCUUGAGAAGGCGCUCCGCCCCAGUUAAUCACCCCCUCUUAGGCGAUUUGAGACACCGUUUCAGGACACACAGACUCCAUCACACAAAAG